UUGAAAUUGUCCUUUUUCUAAGAGUAAGGAUACUAAAAGGUCGAGGACGUGAAAAAUAACAAGAAUAUAUUCAGGCGCACCGGGGCAUUCCUUUUUCAAGAUACAUGGGUCCCUCUGGUGGUUUUCGCUAACAAAGCGGAGACCAAAAUGUCUGGAGAGGUUUAUAUCCUGUGGCUCAUAUCCCUCUUAAAAACGCUGUCGGCCUUCGGGGCCGACUUGUCUUCAGAGGCGUGCAGGGACCUGGGCUUUUCUAGCAACCUGCUGUGCAGCUCCUGCGACCUGCUCGGAGAGUUCAGCCUCACUAAGCUCCAGCCUGACUGCCGACACUGCUGCCAGCAGGAGGCUCAGAUGGAAGCACGCAAGCUUUACCCUGGAGCCAUCCUGGAGGUGUGUGGAUGAAAAUUGGGGAGGUUCCCUCAAGUCCAAGCUUUUGUCAGGAGCGACAAGCCCAAGAUGUUCAAGGGUCUGCAGAUCAAGUACGUCAGAGGCUCAGAUCCUGUCCUCAAGCUUUUGGACGAUAACGGGAACAUCGCUGAAGAACUCAGCAUCCUCAAGUGGAACACCGACAGCGUGGAGGAGUUUCUUAGUGAGAAAUUAGAUCGGAUAUAGAUGAGAGAAUAAUCAGAUUUUCUACUUGAGUAAAAUGUUUGUUUUUCCAAAUUACAAAGUACAACAUGUUUCACUAGCGAUGGUUUAUAUUUAUCUGCCCCGACUCUGAGAUUUGUGCCUCUUGUGUCUUUCGUAUGUCAAAUUUUAUUCAUGGUUCUCACACUUCCAACCAUUUCUGACCUACUUACGGCUCGUCAACCACGGACAGAGUUAUACCGUCUUCAUUUCACAGAUUCAAUCCACCUGAAUCUGAGGGAGAAAAAUAUCUGCAAGGUUAGAAAGAUUUAUCAGAUCAUUUCGAAAAAGACUAGACGCCCUAAAAAAGGAAUUCUGACCCCCGUGGAUUCAUAGACUAUAUAAAUCGUGUUCCUUUGUCAUUUUUGAUUUCUGUUCCUUUUCUGUCACCUUUUAGUUAAAAUUAUUUUUUAUAACACGUGAUAUUUUGGAUAAAUGAGAUUAGCAGCAGUACAGAAUAGAUCGGAGUUGUUUUCCAAAUGCAGUUGGCUUUGCAGAGACGCACGUUAGUGAAGGCCUCACAGUAAACCAGCGCUGGUAUGUGAGGUCUGAUGUGUUUUUGGUGUUUUUCUGCACCUUCUGCUUUGAAGAGGAAACCAUUUAUUCUGUGUGCUUGUUUUUGAGGUGCAAGUUUAAAUAUGUAAAAAUAAAACUUUUCUUUAAAAGUU